AAGAUAAACUCUAGCGCACCAACGCGCAGUUUAGAAAACUACAUGCACCACAAUCCAUUGCAAACUAGGUUUCGCAACAGAAAAAACCAACCACUUCCGUGUUGUUAUUCUGUUAUUCUGGCAAAUAGCUAGCUAGCUAAAUACGUGAGUCAAAGUGCAAUUGCUAGCCAGUUAAUUGGUGAUUUAACCAUAAUGGUUUUAUAAGAUCAAUACCUAGUGUAGUUUUAUUCGCCAGAAUGUCGUUGCUACAAGGCUCCAAGAAAAAGGACAAGCGUAUUUUGUCCGGUACCUGCCCAGACCCGAAAUGCCAGGCGAGGCUAUUCUUCCCUGCUUACGGCUCGAUCAGCAUUGAAUGCACUGAGUGUGGCCAACGCCACGAACAGAAUAAUCUUUUAAAUGUGGAAGAAGUAACUGAUCCAGACGUUGUACUGCACAAUUUAUUAAGAAAUGCCCUACUCGGUGUCACUGGGGCCCCAAAGAAGGGAACCGAGCUGGUGAAAGUGAUGGGGCUUUCCAACUACCAUUGCAAGCUCCUCUCUCCUAUUCUCACAAGGUAUGGAAUGGAUAAGCAGACGGGAAAAGCGAAACUUCUGAGGGAAAUGAAUCAAGGAGAGAUGUUCGACUGCUCACUUCUAGGUGAUCGGGCGUUUCUAAUCGAACAUGAGCAUGUAUCUACAGUUGGCUAUGGCAAGGACAGAUCCGGGAGCCUGAUAUACCUUCACGACACUUUGGAGGAGAUUAAGAAAGCUAACAGCAACAAAGAAUGCCUAAUUCCUGUUCAUGUGGAUGGAGAUGGACAUUGCCUUGUUCAUGCUGUGUCCAGGGCCCUGGUAGGCAGAGAACUGUUCUGGCAUGCCUUGAGAGAGAAUUUGAAACAGAAUUUCAAGCAAAAUCUGGAUCGCUACAAGGCACUCUUUCAGGAUUUUAUUGAUGCAGCCGAAUGGGAGGACAUCAUCAACGAAUGUGACCCCCUUUUUAUCCCACCGGAGGGUGUGCCACUGGGACUUCGAAACAUUCACAUAUUUGGCUUGGCCAAUGUGCUGCACCGCCCCAUAAUCUUGUUAGAUUCACUGAGUGGAAUGAGGAGCUCUGGGGAUUACUCUGCAACUUUUCUCCCAGGGCUUGUACCGGAAGAGCAGUGCAAGGGGAAAGAUGGGAAGUUCAACAAGCCUAUAUGCAUCGCCUGGAGUAGCUCAGGGCGUAACCACUACAUCCCUCUAGUCGGAAUAAAAAACACCGUCCUCCCCAAGCUGCCGCCGAAGCUUCUCCCCAAAGCAUGGGGGGUCCCACAGGAGCUCAUCAAGAAGUACAUUAAGCUGGAGCAAGAUGGGAGCUGUGUCAUCGCGGGAGACAGGCGCUUACAAGACAAGUAUGUGAUGAGACUGGUCAAUGCCAUGGAGGAGAUCUUCAUGGAGAAGCAUGGCAUCCACCCCUCCCUGGUGGCAGACGUGCAUCAGUACGUUUACAGACGGACCGGUAUGAUCGGCGUCCAACCCGAAGAGGUGACUGAGGCUGCCAAGAAAUCAGUCAUGGAAAACCGGCUACAUCGCUGUCUGAUCUGCAAUGCACUCUCUGAGCUUCAUGUGCUACCUGAGUGGCUGGCUCCAGGUGGUAAGCUCUACAACCUGGCUAAAUCCACCCAUGGGCAGCUCAGACCCGACAAGAACUACAGCUUUCCAUUAAACAAUGUGGUCUGCUCUUACGACCCUGAGAAGGACAUCCUCAUUCCUGACUACAAACUGAGCACAUUGAACACCUGCAACUGGUGCCACGGCACCUCAGUGCGUCACAUCCAUGGCAAUGGCUCUGUGGUGUACCUGGAUGGAGACAGAACCAACACCCGCUCCCAGGGGGGGAAGUGCGGCUGCGGCUUCAAGCACUACUGGGAGGGAAAGGAGUACGACAAUCUGCCAGAGGCUUUCCCCAUCACUCUGGAGUGGGGUGGGCGUGUCGUGAGGGAGACAGUGUACUGGUUCCAGUAUGAGGUUGAGGUGACCCUGAACAGCAACGUCUAUGAUGUUGCCAUGAAACUGGUUACCAAGCAUUUCCCUGGGGAGUUUGGGAGUGAGCUCCUCGUGCAGAAAGUGGUGAACACCAUUUUACAUCACACUGCCAAGAAGAACCCAGACGAGUAUAACCCAGUCUCUAUUGACGGGGCGCAUGCUCAGAGGCUCACAGACGUGGUGGAAACCCAGCAGGCUGUUGACACACAGCCACCGACUAAGAUCAUACUAACUGGGCAGAAAUCAAAGACCAUUCACAAAGAGGAGCUGACCAUGAGUAAAGCAGAGCGGAGCCUUCAGCAGAGCAUUAGCGAACAGGCCCUAGUGACCCAGAAAAGGAGGACAGAUCGACUGAAGCAGGAGCAGAAGGGAGUCCAGGGACACGGGCGGCCAUCCUCUCCAAGUGCUGCUCAGGAACCUUCCUCCUCCGCCCCAGCCACGCCCACCAAAUCCUCCUUCACCCCCACUGCCAGUAAGGAGAAGAAGAUCCGUGUCACCACUAGCGACGGGCGGCAGGCCAUGCUCACUCUACAGGCUCAGACCACCUUCUCUGAGCUCCAGAGGAGCAUUGCUAACGAGUUCAUCGUGCCUCCAGCCCAGCAAUGUAUUCGACAUGGGUUCCCUCCCAAAGAACUUUUGCCUCCCAAGGAUGGAGAGGAGAAUGAGCCUGUGGCCCUCCAACAUGGGGACAGGGUGACUGUGGAGAUCCUGAGAGGUCCAGAGGACCACAAGGUCUCCGCCCCAAGUGCUUCCAGUUCCCAUUCAUCCCUGCAUUCCCUCCACUCUGUGAAGAGUGAUGAUCCAGUGACUUCCAGCAGAAUGAAUACUAGCAGAGAGCUGCAGGACAACAUUGACCUUGAGAUGUCCUCCCUCUGUCUCCUAGCAACCUUAAUGGGAGAAGAUGUCUGGUCAUAUGCAAAAAAACUGCCCCACUUAUUCCAGCAAGGUGGCGUUUUCUACAACAUAGUGAAGAAAGAUAUGGGCCUGAUGGAUGGCAAACACUGCACCCUCCCACACCUGACUGGAAAGACGUUUGUGUACAACGCAGCAGAGGAGUGUCUGGAGCUGUGUGUGGAUGCAGCGGGACACUUCCCCGUGGGCCCUGAUGUGGAGGACCUCGUCAAGGAGGCCCUGGUGCAGCUCCGCUCUGAGGCUGCCUCCAGGAGCCGGGAGGGAAGCCCCUCUCACAGCCUGCUGAGGCUCGGGAGUGGAGGCGUGGUGCGCAAGAAGGAGCAGCUCCAGAGUGUCAACGCCUUCCAAGGUAAGGGCCACUCCCUGGGCACCGCCCCAGGUGGCUCUCCCCCUGAACACAAGCCCAUCACCCGCCAGCACAGCAGCGGGGUGGACCUGAGCGCCAGCGUCUCAAAGGGACCCGACCUCUCUGACAUCUCAGAAGAUGCAACCAAGGAGCUGGUGCGCAUGGCUCCCGGUUUCGUCACCAUGAAAGACAGCCGACACCUGGACCCUAGUAUGAUCGAAGAGCAGAGGAAAAAACUACAGGAGAUGGUCUCAUCCAUCCAAGCCUCCAUGGACAGGCACCUGAGGGAGCAGAGCAAUGCAGGGGCAGGCACUGGGGGCCCUGCAGAGAGGACAAGUGGGGCUAAGAUGAAUGCUUCCCAAUCUGCCCCAGGGGUAGGUGACCAGGAGGCCUCUUCUAUGGACGUAUCUACUGCUGGUGCUCAUGGCACACCACAUGGCACACCAGUGAAGGCAGGGAACAAGCCUGAUGGAAAGGAUGCAGCGUCAGAGGAGCUGGAGGAAAUGGAUAGCCAGGAUGCAGAGCAUAGCAACGCCCUGGAGCCAAUGGAUCAUUCCUGAUGGGAAAAGGGCCCGGUCCUAUAGUUUUCUCAGUCAUGAUCAGUCACCCCUCUAUCUGGUUGGCAUUUGUAUGUGAAUGCUUCAGGUUGUAUCAAUGCUUUGAUAUUCAUUGUGUUUUGUUGUCUUUACUGCAUGAUUGACAGAGGUUGACCAUUUCUGCCUUUGGUGACAGACUAAUGUUAUUAUACAGAAACAUGCACCAAGCUCCAAGGAGCAAAGCUGGUUCUCAUGUGUGAAAUGCAUUCCUGUAGAUAUCCUCCAUGUCUUAAGACAAGAGGUACAGCUUGAGUUGAUGAGAUCCCACGCCAGUAUUGUAAUGUCUGCAAACAUCCACUUCAGCAAAGUGCACACUGUAAAUGUAACAUGAAUACCAUCAUCACAUUUUCUGGUUUACCAUCAUAUUUGCUAUAAACAACAACAGUGAAAUAUUCCAAAUUAGUUUUUUUUUCUUGAACUUUGCUCUCCAUGUGAACGUUUGCUGUCUUAAUUCCUAAAGGAAGGAGUCACAUGCCCUUAUAAGCAUAUGCAUCAAUUGACAUUUGUUGUCGGAAAACCAAGUGAUCUUUUUUAGUUUGCAUUUGGGCCAUUUUAUAAGAAUUUAAAGAUUCUGUUUAAAAUGAUAAUUUAAAUGUGAGUGCCAUUUGAAAGAAAAAGUGUAGCACUGUUCUGAAAAUAACCAAAUUGAUUGGUGGAAUUUAGAGAUUGACAGUGAAGUGUGUGCACUGAUUGGGGAAAAUGCCUGUUGAUUCUUUUGGGUUCAAGGUUCAUGCUACUUACUGAUGUUUGAAGAGUUAUUUAUGUUACUUUUGAUAUUUCUCAUUAAACCCAAACGAGUGGCCCAAGUUAAGUGUGCUGUGCAAGUGCUGAACUACUUGAUGUGAUGCUGUAUUCUGUUGGAAGGACCUGCAUAACAUACCAUACACACCUGGGAGUAUAUUCCAUUACUCAAAUGCAAUUUCCUCAAUCACUUUUUUGGCUUUAGUGAAAGAUGGAAUGCAGCGCAGGAUUAUACUUUUUUGAAACACACAAUUCUAAAGUAAGACUUGAUUUGUGAAUUUUCCUUUACCAUAUCAUUUUUUUUUUACAUAGUUCAGGUUUAUAGAUUAUCUUUUUAGGAAUGAUAAAUCCAAGAAUAGCGGAUAAUUAUUUUUCCAUGAACUGCCUGCAGUUUUUGUUGUUUUGUAAACAUGCAAUGCUGGCAUUUUAUUGUUCAAUCUAAAAAAUACAUUUAUGUUUGUACUUGAAUUCCAGAGAUAGAAAUCAACAAUAAGGCAUGUUGUUGUGCAGGGGUGUGUUGAGCACUGUAGGCUCCCUUUAGUGUUCUUACCAUUCAUUCAGAUAUAAACUUGGGAUGAACAACCAUAGAAAUAUAAUGAUUCAUUCUAAUUUAAUGGAAACCACAAUCAGCUGGUAAUACUAAGAAUUGUACUGUAUGUCUAGUUACUUUAUGGCUAUUCAGCUCUAGAAUUUCAACACAACAUCCACAAUUUGAAUUACUCAAAAGACAACUUGAACAAUGGGAUAUUUUAAAGUGCUGUGAACAUUUAUGUUGCCGAAUGUAACAUGAGAUGUCGUAUCUUUUGGUUCCCUUGAGAAAUCCUUGAAAGAGAUGUCAUGGAGGUUGUACAUUUGAUAUCUCAUAAACAAAGUACUACAUCUUUCAGUGGUGUGAAGUAUAUUUCCAAUUGGUUGUUCAUCCAAUCCAGUUGAUUGUAAAGUUAUAAACAAACCGUGUAGUACCAUGUUGCAUUCAGAUCAGUUUUUGUGGCAUUCAAUUCCUCUCCAGACAUUAUAUAACGUAACUCUUGGUUUGUUUGUUGGAAUUUCAACAAAAAAGUGGGUUGGGGUGUUUAUAGACCCUCACAUUGGAAGGCAGAGGCCUCACUGUUAACUCAUUUAAGUGGCCAUCAAGAUAUAGGCUUAAUGGGCCACAUAGAGUUUACACUUUUGUUGCCAACCCAGAUUUUGGAGUAUUCCAAAUCACCUUGUUGUUCUAGAAUGACAUGGUAUCUUUGGAUGCUGCCAUUAUCAGCUUAUGGCCUUAAAUCCUUGAGUCUUACUGAUUCUUGUCCUGACUUCUGGACAGGGUUUCGUAUUAUGGCAAAAAGCAGUUCUAUUUGUACCUGCUUUGAAAAAAGAAAGAAAUUGCAGGUAAUUAAAAAAAAAGCUCCACAGCUUUUCUUUCUAGUGAACAAAAUGUAAAACUUAGCACUUUCAGAAAAAUAGGAAAUAUUAGAAUAGAACAUAUACUAGAUAUACUCAAAUUAUAGAUAUUGUCAGUCCAAGGAAACAUUUAAAGGAAAUAUUACACUCAGACAACACUGUUUUGACAAACUUGAAGUUUGUUUCUUUGUGACUGCUGUACUAAUUACAUAUAUUGUAAGCCAGUUGUAUUAUAAUAGUAUAUAUUGUAGUAUACUUUGAUCUGUACAGAAGUUGUUCAGUUCUUUCAUUUUUUGUUAACUUUUUUUCUUGUUUGCUAAUAAAAGAUUGAAGAUAUCAUGGCUACAACAUUGCUGUUUGCAUGUGUGAUGACCUUUCAACCCAACAAUAAAGUAAAUGCUUCA